UUACAUCGUGUACAGUUGCGAUUUUCACGAUUUAAAGUACCUCCUGGAUACACAAUGUUUACAUGAAGGAAAAGGCUGGUGUAAGGCGUGACGUCAUACCACGCACGUGCCCUCUGCCCGAGCACCGAUGACUUCACCUGACCCGGCCACGCCUGCGCCGUAGGGACCUUCCGAGCGUUCGCCGCGUGACGGUUGGUGCAAGAAAAACCCGACCCCAGCCAUAAACAUAAUUUUUAAAAAGUAUCGCUGAUGGGUUAAUUGCAAAUUUGGAGUCUUGGAAAUCGGAUGUUCCAGUUUCACAGAAACUCUGAAGCUUAAAUUUAUGUUUGUGUAUAUCGUGUAUAUCAUAUGGAUAAUUUUCAGGGCUGCUCAUCUGUUAUGGGAAGGAUGAAGUCUUCAAGGACUAAAAGCUCUGUAAAAGCUGCCACUGUGAUUGGAGGUUCACCAUCUCAACUGAAGACUAGUGCUGAGAUCAUUAGUGAGGCCCGUUCUUCAUUGAGAAUUUUAAAGACUCAAAGACCAUUUACUCCUAAAGAUGAUCAGAGGAAACUUUUUGGGUCUACCUCUUCCCGUACACCUGAGAAUAGACCUCCUUCUGCAUUCAGCCUCCAUGCUCGGAGUUUUGAAGGUAGUGAUUCAAGACCUAUAUCAGGAGCACGCCUCACCCCACUUGAUUUUAAACCAAAAAUUCCUACCUCUCCUUCCAAAGAUGAAGGGCCUCCUAUUCCAAAACCUCCAUUGGAUCCAAUAGAGAUUAAAAGAGUAAGCAAUGCUCGUGCACGCUUAUUUAAAGUAGCUUCUCAGGGAAAUCUUCUGCCUGACAAAGCAAUUCAUCCAGAAGAAACAAUAAAGAGGUUAAAUUCAGAUUCCUCGCUCAACAUUAAAGGCUUCUCACUUGAUGCUGAUGAAUCUGCCUUAUCACAGUUUAAUACAAAAGACUUAGCAAAUAAGAACACAGAAUGUGGGGGAGAAGAGAUGAUCUUGCCUAGCAGGAUGAGGGAACAUGUGGGCUUACUAUCAACACAGACCAGCCUUGGCAGCAAACAGAAUAAACAAGACAAUAGACCUUCCACCUGUUCUGACAGCACAGAAAUCAUCAAACAACAAAACAGAACAGGAUCAGCUAGUGGACCGAGGGCAUAUGAAGGAGAAACUGAAGAAGAAAUUCUGUACUGGAAUACGAAGAUCCAGCCUAUUCUUGAUGAACUUAGGCCUUUAAACAAUGGCAAUGAUGUGGAACAUCUCUGUAAAACAUGUUCCAGUCUCCAUCGUACAUUGCAGGAGGGGAACAUGCUGGGAAAAAUGUGUAAAAGGAGAGCUAUUCUUCUGAAAACACUGUAUAAGCUGGUGGAUGUUGGCUCAGAUCAGCUCUCCAUUCAGCUGGCUAAACUCAUACUAGCGCUCAAAGUAAGCGGCAAAAAUCUCCUUAAUAUCUGUAAAUUGAUGUUCAAAGUUAGUAGGAGUGAGAAUAAUGAUGUUCUAUUCCAAAAUGAUAAAAUUUUGGAUUGCAUGGUGGAGGUCUUCAGUUUUACAGAUCCACUUGGUAACAUCGAUGCUUUUUUAUAUUGUAUGGGAACCAUCAAGUUCCUUUCUGGAAACAUGAUCCUACUCAAGGACCUGCUCAACAAAGGUUUAAUUGAAACUUUAGUGCAAUUAAUGAAGGAGAUUAAUGAUGCCAACAGAACAAGUGAUACAUAUCUUUGCAGCUCAGGACACUUACUGGUCCAGGUCACUGCUACUUUGAGAAACUUGGCAGACCUGCCUCAGUCCCGGUCCAGAUUCCUAAGCACUGGAGCACUAUUGGAACUAUGUGUGGUACUGGAACAACACAUAACUGAUAAAGACAUCUGUACAAAUGUAGCCAGAAUAUUCAGCAAACUUUCGGCCUACAAUGACUGUUGCCUUGCUUUGUCAGAAUGCACCAGCUGUUACCAAUUAUUUUUGGCUAUCCUCCACAGACACCAAAGGAAGCAGGAUUUAGUAGUUCGUGUGGUUUUUAUUUUGGGAAACAUGACUGCAAAGAACAAUAAAGCAAGAGAGGAGCUUUAUAAGCAGAAGCACAGUGUCAAGACUUUACUGACUCUAUUUCAAACAUACCAUGAACUAGAUGUUAAAGUAAAAAUAUCCCCACCGAAAAUACAGAGCAAGAGUGAAAUGGAUGAAACCAGGAACCAGAGACCCUCUGAGGUGGAAGACAUCCUAAUAAAGUUGAUAAGAGUGAUUGCUAAUUUAUCCAUAAACACUGAAGUUGGCUCUGCAUUGUCUGGAAAUCAAAAUUGUGUGGAUCUUCUUAUCAAAGUACUAGAAAACAGAACAGUUGCUAAAUGUGAAGAACUGAUGAUGAAUGCAGCAGCAUCCAUCAACAACCUGUCUUACUAUCAAGUGAAGAACUCUGCUGUCAGGGCCAGGCAGCUGCAUAUAGCUGAGUUGUUGAUGAAACUUUUGUUGUGUAACAAUAUGGAUGCAAUCUUGGAGGCUGCACGGGUCUUUGGAAAUCUCUCUCGCUCUAAGGAGGUCCGUGACUUCAUUGUACAGAAAAAUGUGGAUAAAUUUAUGAUCACGUUGUUGGAUGCCAAGCACCAAGAUGUAUGUUUCGCUGCUUGUGGAGUACUUAUAAACCUUACAGUUGAUAAAAGCAAACGAUCCACACUGAAACAGGAUGGAGGGAUAAAAAAGUUAAUUGACUGCUUGAGAGACUUUGGGCCCACAGACUGGCAAUUGGCCAGCCUGGUCUGCAAAACACUUUGGAACUAUAGUGAAAAAAUAACCAAUGCUGUGUUGUGCUUUGGAGAGAAAGAGACUAGUGAACUGCUGGAACUCCUUCCUGCAUAUUUAGAGUUGGCAUUUGUCCUCUUCUAUGUCUUAGAUGAAGAAAUUGCAUUGGAUAUUGACACCAAUGGUUUUGAUGAAGGUCUGGUAGAACAUCAGAAAGUGUGCUGGGAAUCCGAGUUUGUACCUGUGGCUCGGCAGCUACUACAUAGGAUUCAGUGUCAUCAGAGCCACCUAGAAACUCUACCAUUCUCUUCACUUCAGGAUUGAGCCUCUUCAAUAGAUUUAUUCUAAUAUCUCUUUUGCAGGGGAAAACUUGAUUUCUGACCUGCUUAAUCCACUUGACCUAAAGUACUGAAUGUUGAAUCUUCAGCAAUAAUACAUGACCAUUGAAUGUCACAUCACAAUAGAAAUGCUUGGUUUGGAUUUGGUUUGAUAAUUUAAUUUACUUUAUGCACAACAAAAUCACAGUGCCUUGAAAGUAUAUUGUAUAAGAUUUAAAAAUUUAUACCACUUAAUGGCACUUUUCACAAUUAACUACCCAGUUUGUGGUGUUUGGCUUUUGUAAAUGGUUUUGUUUGUAUUAAUGUACAGUGUAAGAUACAGUAAUAGUCUGAUCUCUAAUGAUACAGUUUGGAAAACUUUAAAUAUAUUUUUGUACAUAUGAGUAGUUUUAAUUUUGAGUUCAUACAAAGUUUCUGUGACAUUUUGCUUUAAUUUGGGUAUCGCUUGUGUUUCUGUUCUUUGCUUUACAGGUAAGAGAAUGUAAUAAAAGUUCCAUAUUUAUGCCCUUAUGACAAGAGAUUCCCAGAGCAGUGAAUAAUACUGACAUAACAAGCCAUUUAGUGGAGAAAUAUAGGAUCACAGACCUUGAAAGUACAGAAGGUCAUACAAGCUCACACUUUGCUAGCUUUCUGAAAACCUAUCCUUUCAAUUCCAUUCCCUUGUUCAUUCGCUUCAACCUAUAAUAAUUUUCUUCAUAUUGACCCACUUUCCUUUUAAAAAUGAUCAUGGAUCUGUGUUCCAGGAGUUUCAAGUACGUAAUUUCCUAACAAUCCAAUGCAUAAAUAAAUUAUUCCUAUUCUCAUGUGUUGUUGCUUUGAUGAUGUCUGACUGACUAUUACAAAAAGAUCCUUCCCUUAUCAAAACCCAUGUAUGUUCCCAGAAUCAGAAUGGUUUUGUUUUACUAUGUGCCCAAGUGGCAAACUGGCUGUGUACAAAGAAACAGGUUUAAGCAAAAAUAAUUCUCAAGAGAACAGGGAUAUGUAACAAGCUUUGCUCAAUACAACAAGGGCUGCUAACAGAGCAGCCAAAAUGUCAGUGGAAAAACAGGUCAUGGAUCAAGGUAGUAGCUAUUGCAAAACCUCUUUUACUUAUGUUAUGAGACUAUGGAUUGCAAAAACGAUUUUUCAUGAAAAAUUAAUGUCCACUCCUGGUCGAUGCACUAGAUUUAAAUGGCUAUUUUACAUCAUCUUUGGGAGAAGAUGGUGGUGUAGUGGUAAUGUCGCUCACUGGACUGAUAAUCCAGAGACCGAGGUUUAUGCUCUGGGGACAUGGGUUAAAAUACUACCACAGCAGCUGGUGGAAUUUGAAUUCAGUUGAUAAAUCUGGAAUAUAAAGUUAGUCUCAGUAAUGGGACCAUGACAGCUAUCACUGACUAUUGUAAAAAACCAUCUGGUUCCCUAAUACCUUUUAGGGAAGGAAAUCUGCUGUCCUUACCUAGUCUGGCCUACAUAUGACUCCAGAUCCACAGCAAUGUGUUUGAUUCUUAUCUGCCCCCGAAAUGGCCUAGCAAGCUACACAGUUCAAGGACAAUAAGGGAUGGUCAACAAAUGCUGACCUUGCCAGUGACACCCACACCCCUUGAUAGAUUAAAAAAGUCUUCACUCCUGUCGAUGAUGUUCAGUUGCUAUUAACACACUAUUGACAGUAAAGUUAGAAAUGCUAAAGUAACUGCUGAUGUAAUCCUGAUAGAAUAAGAUAGGGUUGAUCCCUCGAGUGUGCUCAGGCUGAUGGAGCUAUGCUAAAUGAGCCCCUUACACAUGGCCAGUUUGUCACUUUGGCUAUAUUUUAACAUGUGCCCUUCUCACUCUAGGGCCAUCUCACAACAAUCAGGGGAUUGUUUUCAUGGACAGGAAAGGCUAAUGUACUAACGUUUUAAAAAAGACAAGUCACAUUUGGGAAAUUAUAGCCCCGUUAGCUUGAUUUUAAUUCUAGGUAAAUUGCUCGGAUCAUUAGAUAUUUUGUAUGAUGAUCUGGACAGAGAAGAGAUUAUUAGAGACCGAACAUGGUUUCUGGAAAGAGGGACAUGCCUCGCCAACCUGGUUAAAGUUUCUUGUGAAGGUUACUGGAUUGCUGGGUGAAAGUAACCCGGUUGAAACGUUACUAUUAGAUUUUCGAAAAGCCUUUCGCACAAUAAUCUAAUUUAUAUUAUAAGAAGCUGUGUGAUUGGAGGGCAGUGUCAUAUUGAAGGUGUACGAACAAACCAAUUUUAGUUCUUAAUUUUUUUUGAAGUCAGAAAGGAAGUGCAGCUGCUGUUCUUAAGGAAGCAGCUGCAAUUUAGAGCGUUCACUAUGUUGUGAAAUACUCUGCUCGACUGGCUUUUUGAUAACUGUAGUACCAAAAGUUUAACACCUAUUUUAGAAAUACAUAUUGGAUAAAUUUUAUAUCUCUUGCACUUGCCUGCUCAUGAUUUGUGUCUCAUUUGCUGCAAGGGGCAGAAAAUUGAACCAUGGAGUUUAAGAUAUAGGCAGAGAAACAUUAAAUUGUAUCAUUUUAGAAAGUUGUCAACAAACUAAUUUGGUGAAGAAGGUUCGUAAAAAUUUUCGGUUGGGGAUGUGACUUUUUUGGGCGACAUGGAGUAUUUUAACAUCUGUUAACAUUAUAUCACUAUCACUUUGGGCUGAUACCUUUAAGGACGCAUAUCCUAAACUGAUGUCAAUCACUUCCACCUUGACUCAGGACUUAUUAGUCCCAUGGCUUGUAUUCAGUCUACCGCAUCAGAUAAGAGAAGACAUGUGUACUUAGCCUCAUAGUUAACAUUAUUUUUAUAUAGUCUUAUCUUCAAAUAAAGAACCCAUUUAUUGUUUCAC